GUCUAAUUGUGUUUAAGAUUAGCAAUCAGCUCUUUCUUUCUCUCUCUUAUUGUAGUAUGUACCAGGUGUGCAUUGACAUAAUUGUUUGAAAAAAAAAUAUCCAACUGUUUAACAGACUGGCACACAUGCAUUUGUUUCACCUUUCUUCGAAUAUCUAAUAUCUUACUAUCGUCGUUCUCUCUUCACACGAAGAAAUUACAAACUUAAAGGACAAAAUGUCCAAUACAGACAACAUUGAGGACCAUAUUCCAGAUGAAAAACCGAAAUCUUUAAACAAAAGUUAUUCGUUGAUAAGAAUGACGACUGAAAACUCUGAUUUGUACAGGACUAAUUCCAAGAUGAUAUUGGUCACCCGUGAUCCAAUUUAUACCAACAAAACCAUUGUACAGGGCCAUUAUAUUGGACCGAAACCUCACAACUAUUUACCUUUGGCUAUUUUUGUGACUAUUAUCAACCCCUUACUCGGUCCAAUUAGUAUAAUGCUUUCAGUGAUGUCAAACCGUGCUUAUGCCCAAGGAGACACAAAAUAUGCCCUCAAGUGGAGUUUGAACUCAUUCUUCUGGAGUGUCAUAUCCAUUGUUGUUGCUAUUGUUGUGUAUAUAGCCAUUGGUUUCUCCAUUAGUAAGUUAAAAACUCGUGGUGGCUAUAUUGGCUAUUAAACAACAAUGAUAAUGAUGGUAACUCUAAUGCCGAUGGUCGAAGAAUGACCACUUUAUAAGAGUUACUACUCUCUCUCUCUCUUUCUCUCUCUCUCUCUCUCUCUCUCUCUCUCUCUUUCCUUCCUUCCAGACAACAGUACUAACAUCUUCAUAUAUUAAACAGCUUCAAAUUUUAAUAAAGAGUUAUUUUUCUCAGGAUUUUUACAUGAUGAUGAUGAUGAUGAUGAUGAUAUUCUGAUUGAAAUGAUUUUUACGACUUAUAUAUAGAUAUGUGUGUGUAUGUAUAUAUAUCACAUCAUAUAUAUAUAUAUACAUAUAUAUAUGUACAUAGUGUGUGUAUAUAUAUAUAUAUAUAUAUAUAUAUAUAUAUUACAUAUGCUAUAUAUAUGUAUAUUUAGAUACUUAGAUAAGUUUCAGCCAGUAUUGGCUCAGGCCAUGCCUAACUUAUUGCACCACCUGGAAAAACUGUAUAUUUAACUAUACUAUAUAUAUAUAUAUAUAUAGUAUAGUUAAAUAUAUGUGUGAUGUGUAUCUAGAAGAAAGAAAAGAUCUGAAGGCAAAAGAUUCAAAACUGUUUUUUCUCAACCUGGAAAACUAAUCCAAGAAAAGCUACAUGGUGUUCACAUGUACAUACACACAUGUAUAGAGAGAGGAUCAUCAAAUAGAUGUAUUCACAUAAAUGGAAACAUAGAAAUGCACCUAACUUGUAAAUAUGCAUAUUUUCAUACAAUCAUACACUUGCAUAGACAUGGUUAUGUCCAUGCAUGCAGUACUUGUGCACCCAGAAAAUUAGUACACACACACACACACAUAUAUAUGUAUAUACACACAGUUAAAGGUACAUAAACUGUAUAUGUCUCACCAUUCAUUUCUAAAUCAGUUUUAAUAUUUGCAAUAUAUGGCUAAAGGCUGGUGGCAUUGAUGCAGUUAUGCAGGAUGUCAUUGACAGAGAAAUAGAGAAAGAUUAGCUGUAACUGCAGCCCACACUAGAAAGAUGUACCAAGAGAUGUGCACACACACACACACAGAUACAUCACCUGACAAUGCCUUGCCAAUUAUCAACAAUUAAUUUAAUCAACUGCUUUUCCUCAUUGAAAACAAUCAAAUUUUAUCUUUUUGUUGGAAAUCACUUUCUUGUGGGAGGAUGGGGGGGGGGGGAUCUGUGGGCAACUCUCUUCAUCCUCACUUUUACUGUAUACAAACACACACACACACGCACAAUGUGUGUAUAUAUAUAUAUUUAUAAUCAAACAGUGAACUUUGGUUUCUGCUCAUUCAGGAAUCUUCAUCCUGAUAAUUCUGAAGAUUCCUCACCAAGUUGUGACCACUGGACAUUCCACUUAUUGCUGUAAAUGUUUACAAUUAAAUUGUAUUAAUUCUACCUUAGAGGUAGUAGUUAAGGGCUGAAACAUUUGCCCUGAAAUGGGGCUUCUUCUCUGAAGAAGACCAUCUUAAAAUGUUCUGCUCUCUCUCUCUACACUUUCUUACCAUCUCUCUUUCAUAUAUACAUAUAUAUAUAUAAUAUAUAUAUAUAUAUAUGGACAUUUAUUAAUGCGCCUCAUUAAUUUGUUAAUCCAUUGGUCAACAAAAAGAAAAAAAACCCACAUUAGAUGUAAUUAAAUGUGGAUGUUUGCACAUAAUAAGCAGCAGCUGAACUUUCUUCACUUGCAACCGUGAUGCUUGUUAAAACUAUUUGGACAAUCACAAAUGCAAAAACUUACUGCUUCUGAUCACAGAUGGUCACCAAUCCAUUUAUUGAUUUAUACUUGUUUAGCAAGUGGCAACUUAAAUCAUGUUUUGGACUGAAAACCUUCCCAUCCAUUGUAGCCAGUGUAUACAACACAAAUAUCUCUUUGAGAAGCUUUUUUUUUUUGUUUCAGGCCAUGAUGAUAAUGUCUUGUCUAUCUGUCUCAUUCUCUCUCUCUCUCUCUCUUUGUAUAUGUGUUCAUUUAUGUAUAUAUAUAUAUAUCAUGGUAUUGACCAGACAAUUGGAUGUUGCUAUACACCACUGGUUACAAUGCACUUCAUAUCACUUUAGAUUUUGAAUGAUGUCACCCCACUGGCUUUGGGAGCAAGCAUAUAUAUACACACACACAAAAAGGUAUAAUUUCCUCCCUCUCUCUCUCUCUCUCUCUCUCUUGUGAUGAACAACAAAUAUCUGAAAUGCUAAAACUUAAUUUGCCAAACUUUGUUCAUCUUGUGUUGACCUUUGUAAUAUCCAUAUAUACACACAUAUACACACAUUCACCAGUUUCAUCCUAGUAAACAUUGUAGACAUUAAAAAUACACACAUGAAGUUGUAUUCACUUUUAACAAUAAUAACAAUGAAUAAGAAGAAUAAUAAUAAUUUGAUAUCAGAGUGCUUUGUCCUCCAUUUCUGACUGGACCAGUCUACUGUAUAUCUUUGGUUAGUUGUGGAUCCACUGAAGAUCACUAGCUGGAAGAACUGACCCAUAGUGAAAUAGAAUAUUAAGGAUUUUACUGUAGUGUAAUUAAAAGAAGAUAAUUAGUGUUUUAGUUCAUUAAACCCAUUGAUUUCAGGUUUGGAUAAUUUUAUAUUGUCUGUUGGAACAUUUGAACUUUAAAAUAAUUGUUUCUGUUUUUGUUUCAACAGGAAUAAAUUCAGAAUUACACACACACACACACUAAUUGGUAGAGUUGAUGGAAUUAAAGAAAUGUCAACCAGAGUUUGUCUCUUUUUGAUGUUUCUUGUAUGUAUUAGGAGCCUGAUCGGUCAUUUUUACACCCCUCCUCACACAAUAGAGGACAAAAAGAUGUGAUUAAGUACCAUACUUACAGUCUAAAUGUAACAAACAAAAAGGGUUUUAGCGUUAUAGACCAAAGUCCUAUGAUCAAAUAUGUUCCAGCCAUUCUGUCCUUUUCGACAUUGUGUAUCUAGGACUACAUUAUCUUAUGUGCCUUUCCUUUUUCAAAAUGAUUGAAUUUUGAGGAAGAUUUGACUAUUAUUUUUAGCAGAUCAGUUAAGCCCAUAAAAACUCUGUUGGUUCAUCUUUUAUCUAUGUUAGCUGGUAACACAAACUCCCACUUCAAUGAAGCAAGGGGGGGGGGGUGUUUGUGAGAUUUUUUUUUUUAAUUUGAUUUUAUUUCAAAAUAUUUUCGUAUUUUUCUUUUCUAUUUUUUGUAUUUUCUACUUUUGCUAUUUUUUUCUCUUCCACUCCAACAUUCCAGAAAUAAAAAGAAAAUAUUUUACAGA